AUGGCUCCAAUCGAAGCAGCCAACAUAAUGGAGCCAUGCCUUGACAAGACGCGCCACAUCAAAUACUGGACACGAUGCAUCAAAACCUUCUUGCCCCACCAAUACACCAGCAACGACAGCAACCGCAUGUAUCUCGCUUUCCUCAUGCUCAGCGCCCUGGAUCUUCUCGGUGUACUGACCACCACCUGCUCGACGGAAGAACGACGCGACUACGCCAACUGGAUCUACCGGUGUCAGCACCCGCGAGGCGGCUUUCGAAUGUGGCCUGGGACUGACUUGGGGGAGCGAGCGAACGAGUCGAAUGCGAAAUGGGAUCCCGCGAAUGUGCCUGCGACGUAUUUUGCUCUUGCAUCGCUUCUCAUCCUCGGAGAUGAUUUUGGCCGUGUCAGGCGGAAAGACACGCUGCGCUGGUUGAGACGGAUGCAGCGGGAAGACGGGUCUUUCGGCGAGACGCAUGUGGACGGUCAGCUUGCUGGAGGACGGGAUCCGAGGUUCGGGUAUUGCGCGACUGGGGUGCGAUGGAUGCUUCGUGGGAGUCGGAAAGAAGGGCGGCUCAUGGUAGAUGGUGACCAAGUCGAGGACAUCAAUGUUGAUGCUCUCGUCGAGUGUAUUCGAAAUGCCGAGUCCUACGACGGAGGCAUCGCAGACCAAAGCCUACAUGAGCCACACGCAGGCUACACGUUCUGCUCAUUAGGAGCUCUCCGUUUCAUGAACCGACUCCCCACCUCCUCCACCAAACCUACCGACACGCGCCGAGCCCCCUCGAACCCACAAGAAGUAAUCCGAUGGCUCGCGCACCGCCAAACCGACCUCCUCGACCCAGACGCAACCCAAGACUCCGAGUUCAUCGGCGCGCACCGCAUCAAAAACUCCCAGCCAGUGCCACCCUCACAGAGCGCAACAGAGCCACCACCACUAACGCUCCACCAAAGCCCCGACAAAUCCAUCAUCACCCCCUUCGACCUGCACACAGAUGGCGCAGCAGGCAUGAACGGCCGCCCGAACAAAACGGCAGACACCUGCUACGCCUGGUGGGUCGGGGCGUCGCUGCACAUCCUCGGACAGCCCGCGCUGUACAAUCAGCAAGCGAUGAGCAGAUAUCUGCUGGACAAGACGCAGCACCCGGUGCUAGGUGGAUUCGGGAAGUUCCCUGGCGAUUUGCCCGAUUUGUAUCAUAGCUGUUUGGGGCUUGCUGCGCUGGCGUUGGCCGGCGGCGGCGGGGAUGUGAAGGAGGUAGAUGCGGGGAUGUGUGUGAGUAAGGAGGCGAGUGUGCGAUUGGAGGCGCUUUGGAAGCGGUGGGAUGACGAGGAAAUCUCACGAUGA